AUGUUCGUCACGGCGAGCAUUCAGGCUGGGGAAGUAGCUUGGCCACAAGCUGUGGAACUUGUUGCCAAGACUGGAGACUCACAGCUCCUGGAGAGACUGAAAGCAGAGCUUUCUAAGGACAAGGAAAGUUCUAUUGGAAGACUCGACUCACUCCGGCGGUGA